AUGUCUGCCGGCCCUCCUUUCGGUCAACCUUGGUGCGCAAACGUCGGCAGCAACCCCAACAUCAAUCGCGACCCUCCCCCUCCUCCGCUCAACGUCUUCUCGGGCGGUACAACCGCUCCUGCUGCAGCAGGUGGUCCAGUCAUCGUUGAACAUCAACAGGCGCCCAUCUACAGUCCUCCAGUCCCCAUUGGCAUCGCACCUCAAUUCGGUGCUCCUCCUCUCUUCGGCGCAGGCAUCGGCUUAGGUAUGAUCCCUCCUGUGCCUUUCAUGGACCCCUUCAUGUACGGCGGAGGAGGUCCAUUGGCGCCCAUUCGAACCGGUAACUUUAUUCCUGGUGCUCAUGGCGGUAUAGGCUUCGGUCUCCACGCAGCUGGCGGCAUGCCCUUCCCACCUCCUCCUCCUGGCGCCCUCGCAACAGGCGUCGUCCCUGCUUUCGCACCCACAGCACCACUUUGGUCCAGCGGUCUGGCGUACGGAAAUGUUCCCGCAGUCCCAGGCGGAUACAACCCCAUGAUGCCUUCCAUGAUGGGCAUGGGCAUGGGCAUGGGUAUGGGCAUGGGCAUGGGUAUGGGUAUGGGUCUUCCAGGCUACCGUCCAGCACCUGUCGCCAUCGACGGCAACAGCGGCGCGCCCCCUCAGCCCGAGCAGCAGGACGUGACACAAAUCCCCGGCGGGGUGCCACCCGGCGCGACGCACGUCGAACCCAGCGAGCACUCGCUGUUCAUCCAGAUCAAAGGCAAUGUAUGUCCCUGGCUGUCUCCGGGGGCUCAGUUCGUGACUGAGAUGUUCAACAUAUCUUCGAGCACGGGCUUGAACCGGCUGAUCCAGGUGUGCAACAACAAUGCAAGCGCCGAUGAGUGUGAGAAUAUGGCCAUCACGGAGUGCAUCGAGUUGGGCAGCGGAUUGUGGGAGAAGGGCCAGACGUUCAAGUAUGGCGAUGCGGUGGCGAGGGUGCUGACGAUGAAGGAUGCGGGCUGGGAUAAUAAGAGGAACAGAAAUGGUGGCCAAAGUCUGCAUAUCUGGCUGCACAGAAUCUAG